UUGGCAAAUUCUUGUAACAAACCCAUUAAAUUCGUAACGGAUCACCGUCCAAAGUUAAAAUCAAUGAAGCAAAAAUCAAUUUCCACGUGACAAGUCACCAUAAAAACCAAAUCCAAUGUGAACAACAAUUUUAAUAUCGAAAUGAAAGGUUCCGGGCCCAGCACAGAUAACGCAGUAAAAGCGUACAAGCUGAAAUGGAUCAUGUUCCUGGAUUCGUUGUGCUUUGGCUUAAUGUAUCCGUACAUACCCCCGUAUUUGGUGGACUUGCAGGGGAAGCAGAUUUCUGCUGGCAUUCUCGUCGCCUUUAACUUAAUAUGCUCUUUAAUAUCUGAGGACAUUGCGCAAUAUUUAAUUCUGGUUAAGGGGAGGAAAUUUGCCAUAUAUUUAAUAUUUAUGAUGAGCAUAUUCUCACAUUUUCUAUUAAUAACCAUCCCGUCCAUCACAGUGAUUGUAAUCAGCAGGGUAUUUUUCACACUAAUAAACCAGGCAAAUCCGUACUGCAAGACGUUGCUCUCAAUAAUAACUCCUGAAGACACCUACGAAAAGGAAAUUUCUGAGGUCAAGUUCUUCUCAUCCGUUGCUUACGUACUUGGUCCGUUGUUAGGAGGGUACAUUUUUAGUGUACCUGGAGGUUUCACCAUCAUUGGCUUGUUAGUGUCCGGCAUCACCUUCGCCAACAUUCUGAUAUUGCUGCGCAUACGUUGCCCCAAUGAGAAGCACGACAUCGAGGACUUCCCCGACUUAAUUGACAGAUACGUAAAUAACAUCGAGGACAAUGUGGACAACUUCAAAAACUCAAACCUCUCCACUACAUGGCCCUUUGUGGCCACACAGUUUCUGUUCACGGUUGGUUGGACGGUGUUCUUCCUGAAAUACGUGCAGAUUCUGUAUUUCAAUUUCAACGCACGCAUCACCAUGUUCGGGACGACGACUGCUUAUCAAAAUUUUUGGAUGUGCGUGUUCACCAACAUCACACCGCGCAUCAAAUCUGAGUAUUUGUUUGACAGGAAUUUAUUCAUUGUGCUUGACAGUAGUUACAUGUUGUUCAUUGUUAGCCUGUGUGUUAUUUGUUAUACGCAAGAACUGUUUUACUAUUGGUUGGCGUAUAUUACCUUAAUAUUGGCGAAGUCCAUAAUUACCUCGCAUUGGAGGGAAUUGUACAAUUUUAACGGCAACAAAAGCCUCAUUAAAUUGAUUCCAACCAUUAAUAUAUUAUCGGGGAUUUUUACACCACUUGCAUUUGCGUAUAUUUGUGAUUUGUUGUGUCCCAGCACAGUAAAAUUCUUGUCGGUUACCUUCGUACUCAUGUCUUUUGUUGUUUACUUAUAUUUUGUCAGACCCAGAUGUAUUCAAUAAUUAAUAAAAUAAAUACUGAGCCUCUUUUGUAA